GUUUCAAUUGAUUUUUCUCACAACAUUUGUCUAUCCUUUCCACGCAGUCCGCAUUGAGUUCUUUCAACGUUGGAAUCUUUUGAUGUCAGGUGACAGGAGACCCCACAAGGAUAUAUUUCAAAUCAUUCUGCAAUCUUUGUAGGAAAGAAAGAGGGCAUCCCAGGAGAAAUUGGGGAUUACCAUUCAUUAUAAUGAUGCUGGAGUGUCACGAUAUUUCCACGUGCCACCAGAUUUUCAAAAAAUGUUCCAGGGCCCCGGUCUGGGCACGCUAGGUUGGUUGCAGACCUUUCCAAAUUUGGUGCUUCGCACAGCUUCUGCUAACCUCCCCAACAGUUCUGUGACAGAGCACAAGAUGAUUUCACUACAUCGGAAGCUAAACUGCGUUGCUGCUCUAUCAUACUUCAUAUAAACGAAGGCCGCGCUAUGCGGGCCGCCCGCAUACCCACUCAGUCGUAUUCUGGACUCUUUCUUUGGCUUCUCUCCCUCUCGGGAACCUCCGGCUUUGGAACCAUAAACGAACCGAAUAUUAUCGGCCAACAUUGUGAGCAUGAGCGCAUCACUCGUGCAGCAUUUGCCUGUCCCCCAGGAAUCAGUGUCUCAGAUGGAAGAUGCUUCGAAGAGCUGAGCUUGCAUCAGUUGGCCGGCCGCUCGGGCCCUGAGGGUUAUGUCGGCACAGGAUCGAAUGGAGCCGUGGGGGCUCCCGAUAUGCUCGAUCCCGUACCAGAAGGGCCGGAAGCUCACUGCGAUAAUGCGGACUUUCUGGAUGACCCUUCUUACCCUCAAACGAGGAUGGAAGCCACGGCCCAACUGCAAGACUGUGUGAAUCAUCUGCGAGAGAGAUUCUUAGAAGGCGUUGAGGCAGCGAACAAGAUUACAGACGAAGAAUCAAGAAUUAUCAUAUCUGAAGUCGAUAUAUCCACACUAGAUUGCAGAUUCUCAUUCCCAGAGCUUCAGUCCCAUCAUUUCUCAAGAUCAAAGUGCUCUGCCAUCGAAGGUUUUGGACGGGCGUUACAUGGCAUUCAAGAUUUCUACGCCCAUAGCAACUGGGCAGACCGCUCCGAGCCGCCCUUCAGCGCAGCCAAUCCUCCAGGCUUGGAGCGGACCGACUACCCCAUCUUUCUGGACUUGCGUGCGGAAAAUGAUAUAACAGAGCAAGUUCCACACAAUUUGUCGACCGGAUGCUUUGGCGGAAUCUUCACCGAUGGACCUGUGGGAAGAGCAGGGCACCCUCUAGAGCCUGGAUCCAUAGAUUGUACUGGACGAAUCACUCACGGAACCCUCAACAAGGAUAACGGGAUUAUUGAUGCGGUAACGGGGAUGACCAGCAAACCGGGACCUAACACUCCGCGAAGCGACAUUCCUGGAAACUUCGAACGAGCAGUCCAAGGUGCCAUCAAAGAUUCGAGACGCCUGUGGCGCCACUUCAGAGAAGAAAUCAGAAGGACUUACGGCACUGAGAGAGGAAAUAUCAUGGUUUGUGCUCUAGUCCGUGAUAAUCCCAACAGAGACUGCUACGGGCGGAGAAUCGCUUUCCUACGCGAUGCACCCAAGGAUAUCAAUAGGGUGGCUGAGAUACAGAUCCCUAUUCACAGAUGGCUGCUGGAAGAGUUGGAGGGUAAGGCUCAUGAUGAAGGUCCUGACGAGGGAGGCACGCCACAAAACGCUACGAAGAGCAGAGGUUCCAGUGGUGAGCUACACGGAGUUGUAAAGUACGACGAGGACAAUGUCCUACCAGGCACCAGUCAAGGCCUCGACAUUAGCUCGGCGAUAGACGAUCUUCUAAUCCAUGCCGGCACGAUUCCAGCCAACAAGUCUGCCAUCAUUGCUCUGACCACUAAUCGUGACUUGCACCUUGGCGACAGCAUCGCAGAGGUCUGGCGGGCUGGAGAUAAAGGAGUUCGCGUACACUUAGGUCUCUUGCCACCUGCACAAACUGCUCAGCAGAGAUCGGAGGACAAGACUAUUACAGCAUUGUCCGAGGCCAGGGCGGAGGAUCUCAUGACUGCGGUGCUGCGGACAGGUGGAACAUACAGCGUGUUACACAGCCGGAGAUCUAUCCCCAGACUGCUAGAUCAUGUCAUCUCGCGUGGAUUGACGCAGUAUGACAACGCACGAGACACGGAAACAUUGCUACUACCUGGACUGUCCAUCGGAGACUACGUGACACCGGCAGCGGAACCUCGACGGUUUUCCUUCGACGCGCAUGCGUACGACAACGUCAUGGUCGCUGUUGCCCCCAUCACACCGAAUCUAGCAUUACAUGUCAGCGUCCGCCAUGUGCGCUGGAACGAAAUGAUUCGCGAGCUUAGAAUAGGCGCCGGCGGGAAUGAAACCUUCCGGGCAGAGUUCAGUGUAGCGGAUAUUCCUCGCACUGACGCUUGGUUUGAAUUGGAGGUUGCUCAUGUCGAGGGGACUGGACUGGCGGGCAGCGGAUUAUUUGAGGUCAGUAUGGAAACGGAGGUAGUCUCUGCAACCGGAGAUGGACAGAAAGCUACGAAGCCUAAUGCUCAGGGGAGAACCGGCGAACACGACGAACUGUAGAAGCUUAUUGCGUUAAUAAGCCAAUGUCAUGAUUCCUCGAAUAUUUCUGUUUAUUGGGUAUAGAUGGCACAGGCAUAACUCACUGCCCAUAUAACAGCACACAUUCCUCAAGAAAGCAACAUGGAAGCGGUAUUUUGAGGGUUUGCCGGACAGAAGUUUGAGCCGAGUAUUAGACGCGGCCCGUUGUGGAAACCGGCGAGACCCACCAGGAU